AGGCAUCGGUGUAUUCAUAUGCUGUGAAAACCUUAAUAACAGUCUCAACGCUUAUGCUUUUGGGUCUUAUUGUGGCCUAUCAUUCACUGGAAGUGCAGUUAUUUAUGAUCGAUAAUUGUGUUGAUGACUGGAGAAUAGCCAUGACUUCCCAAAGAAUGGGACUCAUUGUACUGGAAUUAGUGAUUUGCUCCAUGCAUCCCAUUCCUGGUGAAUAUAGCUUUGUUUGGACCACAAAGUUGGCAAACCGUGGCGGAAGGUUUCAAAGCAGCUCUGUUGAGGUGCCAAUAGAUGUGGCACUUUCUUUGCCAAUGUUUUUUCGCCUAUACCUCAUUUGUCGGGUGAUGUUAUUGCACAGCAAGCUAUUUACGGACGCCUCCUCCCGAAGUAUCGGUGCUCUAAACAGAAUUAACUUCAACACACGCUUUGUCCUCAAGACACUCAUGACCAUAUGUCCCGGCACUUGCCUUAUGGUCUUUUUGGUCUCUCUUUGGAUUAUUGGCAGUUGGACUAUGAGAUUGUGCGAGAGAUAUCACGACGAAGAACACGCAAACCUAUUGAACACUAUGUGGUUGGUUGCCAUCACCUUCUUGUCUAUUGGUUACGGAGAUAUAGUUCCCAACACAUAUUGUGGACGAGGAAUAGCCGUUUGUUCGGGACUUAUUGGCGCCGGUUGUACGGCUCUGGUAGUGGCAGUUAUAGCAAGAAAGUUAGAGUUAUCCCGAGCAGAAAAGCAUGUUCACAACUUCAUGAUGGAUACUCAGCUCACUAAAAGGUUAAAGAAUGCGGCGGCAAAUGUAUUGAGGGAGACGUGGCUUAUCUACAAGAAUACAAAACUAACCAAAAAAAUAAACACAUCGCGCGUACGAACACAUCAGAGAAAGUUUUUAUUAGCCAUCUAUAGCCUUAGAAAAGUGAAAAUGGAUCAGAGGAAACUCAUGGAUAACGCCAACACCAUCACAGAUAUGGCAAAAUUGCAGAACAAUGUCUAUGAGAUUGUGUCGGAUAUAAACGCGAGACAAGAAUUAUUAGACGAGAAGAUGAUUACAAUAGAGGACAGAAUGUCUAUGAUUUACGAGCAAAUCGAGGCUUUGCCCGACUUAUUGACGAAAGUUAUACAACAAAAUCAUUCACAUCAGGCCAUAAGGAACUCGUUGCCCACAUUAGUCGAGAAUAUAAAUGAGAAAAACGACUUAAAAUCGCAGCAAGCUAACUAUACAUACGCCAACACGAACUCCAAUCCGGCAGAGCAGUCACAAAAGCAUACAUUUCUGCACCCGAAUGACGCCCAGGCGGGUCGGCCGAGUUGGUCCGUCUCCAACCUCACCUCACCGGCCACUGGCGGCCGACAAUUCCUAACGCCAACUGUUUUAAGGACCAGUUCUGUUGACACGUGACUUUUCUCCUAUUUCUCGUGUCAUCUAUCAAAUACUUAAUUAUUAUAUAAUUAGAC